AUAUUACGCAAAUAUUGGGGAAGAUUUAGUAUAUGGUAUAAAUAUCAACCAAUUGAAAAUAUUCGAUUGUAUUUCGGCGAAAAAGUUGCUAUAUAUUUUGCGUGGUUAGGGUUUUAUACAGCUUGGUUACUACCAGCAGCUACUAUGGGAUUUUUAGUUUUUAUAUAUAGUAUAUUAACAAUGAAUCAGAAUCCAAUAGCUCAUCAGGUAUGCAACGAAGGCAAACAUAUGGUAAUGUGCCCACGAUGUCCUGUCAAAGCUGGUUGCAAAUACUGGAAUUUAUCGAAUGCGUGUGGGAAAACGAAGCUGGCUUAUAUAGUAGAUAAUCCAAGCACUGUUUUUUAUUCUGUCUUUAUUUGCUUCUGGGCGGUAUUUUUCCUGGAAUUCUGGAAACGAAAAGAAGUAACAUUAGCUCAUCAGUGGGAUACGUUGGGUUUUGAGGAAGAAGAGUUAAAAAGAUUUUUUUUAUUUGCCUUAUUAAUUCACCUGUUAGAACUCCAUCGCACCCAAACUGAAUAUGAGGAUCAAUUAACAUUCAAAGUCUUUUGCUUUCAAUUUGCUAACUUUUACGGGAGCAUAUUUUAUAUCGCGUUCUUUAAAGGAAGAUUUGAUGGGUAUCCUGGCCAUUACAAUAAAGUGUUUGGUGUUCGAUUAGCGAGUUGUGGAACAGCUGGUUGCUUGCCUGAGUUAUCUCAACAAUUAGCCAUCAUUAUGAUCGGUAAACAAAUGAUUGGAAAUGCUAAAGAAUUUCUAAUUCCGAUUGUUAAGAAUUACCUCAGAAAGCGAAAAGUCACUAGUGCAAAAGCGAACAGUAAUGAUUCUCUAGUGCCAAGAUGGGAGGAAGACUACACUCUGGAACCGGAUGAACCACUUUUUGGCGAAUACUUAGAAAUGAUUAUUCAGUACGGCUUUACAACGAUCUUUGUGGUUGCAUUUCCUUUGGCUCCUUUCUUUGCUUUACUCAAUAACUGGCUUGAAAUUCGGUUAGAUGCGAGUAAAUAUGUAACACAAUCGCGUCGCCCUGUUGCUUAUAAAGCCGAAGAUAUUGGUGUCUGGUUUACUAUUUUAAAUGUAGUAACUAGAAUUGCUGUACUUUGCAAUGCUUUUAUAAUUGCGUUUACAUCGGAGUUCAUGCCUAAAUUGCUAUACCAGUAUACUGUUGAUCCUUCUCUUGAGGGUUAUUUAAAUUACACCUUAUCUUGGGCACCUGAAGGAACAACGGAACGUCCAUGCAGGUAA